AUUGUUUCAUUUUUGCAUUUUUGGGGCUUGAAGGCGCGUUAUCCACUGACACUUCUCGAAUGACGACAUUAUGGUCCAGUGCGGUUUCCGUGGUUCCUUCUGUAUCUUCCGUUUCGAGUUAUAUAUAUGACGACGAUGAAGAACUACGCACUAUUCUACUGUCUUGUAAAAAGUACCGAGACACGAUGGAUAUGGUGGUCCGUGCAGCAAAAGCUUACCGCAGGUCCCUAGGAGAAUUGGCGGUUGCAGGAAAAGCUGCUGGGGAAGUAUAUACUUGUGUUGCCGACUUCACAAAGUCAACGUUUGAGGAAGAAAGAAGACGGUCACAGGCACAUUCCAUGUUCGGCACUAGAAGAGAUACUUCUUCCGUCGUUUUUGAAGAUCAAGAAGGAAAUACAAAAUUUCUUUAUCCUGAAAACAUUCGUAACCUUUUGACCGUUUUGGGGGAAGCGGAAAAGAACGCACACGAUGGAACGUCGUUGUUUAUGGAGAGAGUGAGUAAUCCUAUCAUCAGGGAAGGAAGAAGAUUUCAUGAGAAGUAUAUGGAGCUUCACCGGUUAAAGGAACACUACAAGAAUUGUAAGAUGCGGUAUUUGGAAGCCCAAAAGUCUUUGAACAAGGAACUUUCGAAGCCAAAGACAUCUAUGGAAGCUCAAGUUAAGGGUUGGGCGAAGGUAGACGAGUUGCGAAGAGAAUAUAGCAACAUUUCUUCGCAUUUGUUGAGAUUUGCGACACAACUGGAACAAGAACACCAUCAAGCACUUUUGGAACAUGCCGGAGCAUUUAUUCUGCAUCACUAUGGGACUCUUUCUGCUUCGUUAGAUGCUGUGAAGCCCUCUUUGAAACUCGUAAGAGAGCAGUGGCUUUCAGGGGCUGUCGAGUUUCUUGGAGAGAGCGAUGUUUUGGACGCUCGAAGUUUUCAGGUUGCAGUAACACCUCCAUCGUCGGUGUCGCCAAGUAGCGGAAAUAUUCGUUCGUUGGAGGAACGCGUUGCACAUUUGGAAACAGAAAACGAUAAUUUACGUGAUGAAUGUAAAAACUGGAAAGAAACGGCACAAAAUAACGAAUUAGAAAUAUCUGCAAAAGAGUCUAUUAUUGAGAAGCUUCGACAAGAAAACGAAAAACUUCGUAGUAUCAUAUUCUCUUCAAAUGCUUCCUCUUCCAGGAAAACUAGUGACCUUUCUUUUCUUAGUAAUAGCAGAGAGAGGUCCUUACACGGAGGUGAUUCUAAAGAAGAGAGUAAACGAGACAACAAGGAUUCUAGCAAUUGUGAGUCAUCGAAGCAGAAUAGUAAGCAAGUUGGUACAAGGCAGAGUUAUGGUUCCGUACCUGGUAGUUUGAAGGAAAGCCCUGCUGCUCUAAUCUCACAAUAUCAAGCAUAUAAAGCAUCAAGGAAGUCCAGUCGUAAUGUACAUUUGCCAGCUUCGUCCACAGGAAAGGAUGUGAAAGACAGCAGCAAACAUGUAUCCGAAACUUCUGGUCUAUCUGAGAAAAAUGCGCGAUUCUGUGAUCCCGGAAUAAUAACUUCGCAUGGAGUCUUUGUAGAUAAGUGACUGUGGAAAUCAUGGAGAGAUAUGUAUAGAAAGAGUUAUCAUAUGACAAUUGCAAAUGAAGUAAUUGUCAUGCAGUUUAUUUGGAGUUUUGCAAAUGAGGCAAAGGAACAACUGUUGAUAAGAGUUUGUAUUCUAACUGCUGCAAGUAAAGGA